GUUUGUCAAGCAAACAGCCUAAUUCCGUGACACCACCCUCCGAUCCACAAUGUCUUCAGGAAGUAUUUUUCACAGAAAAGCAAGUGCUAAAUUUGGUGUUGUUUACGAUGCAGAAGGAAAGGAAGUGGAAGUGGAAACAAGAGAAGAUGAAGAACAAAAUGUGAAAUUGCAGGAAACAGUUGACCUGUUGCUAGCAGCAGGCUAUUUCAGGGCAAGGAUAAAAGGCCUGUCACCAUUUGACAAGAUAGUUGGCGGUAUGACUUGGUGUAUAACAACUUGUAAUUUUGAUAUAGAUGUAGAUUUACUGUUUCAAGAGAACUCAACGAUUGGUCAGAAAAUUGCUUUGACCGAAAAGAUUGUAGCAGUUCUACCAAGGAUGAAGUGUCCACAUCGAUUAGAGCCCCAUCAAAUACAAGGCUUGGAUUUCAUCCACAUUUUCCCAGUUGUUCAAUGGUUAGUGAAACGUGCUAUUGAAACUAGGGAAGAGAUGGGAGACCAAAUCAGAUCUUUUUCAGUUUCUCAAUUCAACAAGAUUCACAAAACACCAGAGGAUGUUGAAUUUGCUGAUAGUAAGGAGAAAGCAAUGGUGACCGUGUUGUCAAUGGGGGAUGUGUACAAACCACAGCGUCGAUAUCGCCGCUCCAAUCUCAAGCGACUAAAUGAUGAAGAGCUGAGGGUUCAAUCUACACUGCUGGAAUAUGGACGACGUUAUGGUGUAGGACGCAGUGUGAAGUCUGAAAGUGAAAAAGAGAAAGAAGCAAUAAAGCAAAAAGCGCUUGCAGCUGGAUUAACAAAGCAACGUUCUGAUACAAUGGACAGUGAAGAAGAGAGAGCCGCUGAUGAAAAACGCAUUAAAGCAUUAAUGAGUGAAAUGUCAUCAAUGGAAGGAGAUGAGACGAUUGCAAAACAUUCAGAGAUGCAACAGUCGUAUGACGCUACUCAGACUCGCUUACAGGAAGUUAAAGAGUUCACAGACAAACUCGAUAAUGAAAUGAAUAAACUGGAACAAGUGGAGACUGAAGAAAAUAAAAACGUUCUGCAAAAGUUGCGUUCCUUAGUUGCAAUGAAUGAGAGUCUCAAACAACAGGAGCAACAGUUUAGAGCUCAUUGCAAGGAGGAAAUGGCAAGGUUGAAGAAAAAUAUAGAAGACCUGAAAGGUGGAGUUGAGGGAGACGAAUCAGAAGAAGGAGAAAGGGUUAGACUGAUUGAAAAACAAUUCCAGGCGGAUAAAGAAAAACUUCAGAAGAUCAGGCUUCUCCUUGCCCGCAAGAACCGGGAAAUUGCUAAUCUACAACGAAAGAUUGAUGAAGUGCCCUCUAGAGCUGAACUAACUCAGUACCAGAGGAGGUUCAUUGAACUCUACAAACAAAUGUCUUCAACUCAUAAGGAAACAAAGCAGUUUUACACUUUAUACAACACUUUGGAUGACACUAAGUUGUAUCUGGAGAAGGAGGUUGAGCUUCUGAACUCUAUACACGAUAACUUUAAAGUUGCAAUGUCUUCAAAUGCUGGAAAGGACCAAUUCCUAAAACAGUUUGAAGGAAUAGUUGAGGGCGUGAAGAACAAUCAAGCAAAAGUUGACAAACGACGACAAGAAGAGAAAGCAUCUCGAGAUCGGCUGAAUAAGAACUACUUAGAUAUGAUAGAGAAACAACGACUCUACUUCAAGACCAUCAAAGAUUUCAAGGAGGAAUGUCGAAAAAAUGAAAUUCUUCUAUCAAGACUGGAAGUAAAGUAGAAGCAACUGCUAUAGUAGAUGGACCAGUCUUCCAACAAUUUAACCCUAGUCUUCCAGAUUCUCAAGACUUAGUUUUCACCAUGUUUUAUCAUCGGUGAAUUGUUUGAUCCGAUAUUAUCUUUGUGCCACCAAAGGGCAACAGAUUUUUUAACAUAUUAAUUAUCAUAUCAAUUAGUAUUGAUGAUUUAUAUAUCGAUCAUAUAUUAAAUAUAAUAUCGAUUUAAAUAUCGAUUAAAAUGGUACAAACUUUAUCAACCAAACAACCUUUGAUUUGUGGUGAGUGCCAAUUAUGAAAGAAAUUUAAGGUGUGCUUAAAAUUAUUAUUUAGUCUCAAUAAUAUAUGAUAAUAUAUAAUGCAUGUCUAGAUAAAUAAUGUAUUUAUCUGUUAUUGAUUAUUUAGUAUAUUCCACUACUUAUCAAUAUUCCAGUUCAAAAAUAUGAAUGAUGUGUAUAAUUGUACAAGAUAUAUGGAGAAUAAAUCAGUAAAAAGUGAAA